AUGAUACCAUCUGAACUGGUGAAGUUCCAUCAAUCUAAGUUUUUAAAACCUUUCCUAUUAAAUCCUUCAGUUUUUAAGAUGAUCAAAGAGAAGAAUAGCGAGUUUUUAAAAAUUCUUGUGGCUUUCCCGCAUUACACAUCCACAAGAAUCGAAACUAUUCUAUGCCCACUCUUUGCUCAACCUCCGCAAGAUUUAAAAGAUUGA